UUUGUUGUAUAGUCAACUGUUUCUCUGCUGAUUUUUUUUUUUUUUGCUUUCUUUUCCCUCCCUGCGCGGGCUGAGCCAUGCCUGUAGCGGAUAAUUGUUUUUACCGCAUUCAACAGUGUUUCUCAGAAGCAACGGGCUGAAAGUCCGGACUGUGACAGCGGAGGCUCUGCAGGGACAAACUAAUGCCUCCUUCUUCUUCUUUCUGAGAAAGAAGGCACUGAACUGAGCUAUCACGAUCCUUACUGUGAAAAUCUCACCAGUGUAUUUUUUUUAUGACGAUGCCGGGUUGGAGACUUUCACCGUGGAGCUGCGAGCUGUGAGAGCUGUGAGAAUUCUCGUGGAAGAAGCAUCUUUUUGUGCGUGUUUGAUUUUUGUGCCGCUGGAUGGAAAAACCGAAAACACCGAAAGCCCUAAAAGCAAAAGAAAGAAACAAAAGUGAGUUUUCUUCUUCUUCUUCUUCUUCUUCCAGGGGGGUUCGAAAAGCGCCCCCCCUCUCUCUCUCUCCUUAGCAUUCCCUCAGUCAGUCGACAGAUUUUUUUUUUUUUUUUUUUUUUUUUGCCAUUACAGCUCAGUAGAGGGUGUCAGAUCUUUCUUAGAGCACAGCGCUAGGAUGAACGCAAUCUCCGCGUUCCUGUUUUUGUGAUUCCCGAAUUUGCCACAAAAAAGAAGAAGAAGAAGAAGAGGGGGGAGAAAAGGAGAGAGAGUGAGAAAGAGAGAGAGAGAGGUUGUAGUUGGUGCUGGUGUUGAGGAGAAGAAGAAGAAGGAAAAAAAUCGGCGCAAACGAGCCAGGCGAGACGCCGAGGGAUGUGUGGGGGGGAUGCGGGUGUUUUGCAGUGGUGGGACCGCCUGUGAAGCCCCAGCGCUGGGAGUGAAUUCAGCACCGGGGGGAGAGCGGACAGCUCCCGACGAAGCCGCCACCGCCGCCGCCGCAGCGCGCAGUAACACAACCGGCGGGAGGAAAAAGCCACGGAUUUGUUCGUUUUUACCCCCCCACCACCACCACCUUCCCCCCUCUCUCCAUCACUGCCAAGGUCAGUGUUAAACGAACUGAAAAAGCAAAGAAAAAAAAGCGAAAAGAUGAGCCGGACUCCGCUGACGCUCUUUUCUUUCCGCUUUUCUUCCGAUUAUAUCCCCGAACCCUGCGAGGCUGUGAGGACUCGGUCGACUUGAAAGAGACGUUUAUGUUUGUGUUUUUGGAUUCGUGGGGGGAACAGAGAGGGAAAAAAACUGGAAGAGUGGACACGAGAGCAGACCAGACCCCCAGCUCGCGCCGCGUCUUGAAUCCGGGAAUGAGUCGUCCACGUUGAAAAAAUGCUGCUUUGGAUCGUCCUGCUGAAAGCCGCUCUUUGUCUCGCCAGUGGAAACGUUACAAGGGACGUUUGCAAGGAGCAGAUAUGCUCCUGCAACGAGGUGGAGGGAGACCUGCACAUAGACUGCGAAAAGAGGAGCUUCACCACUCUGCAGCAGCUCACCGGCCCCAGCUCGCAGUUUUAUCACUUGCUGCUGCACGGGAAUUCUCUCUCUAGGCUCUUUCCCAACGAGUUCGCCAACUUUUACAACGCCGUUAGUCUGCAUUUGGAAAACAACGGCUUGCACGACAUCGUGCCCGGCGCCUUCCUGGGACUGCAGCUGGUCAAACGGCUGCACAUCAAUAACAAUAAGAUCAGAUCGUUCAGGAAGAGCACGUUUCUGGGCUUGGACGACUUGGAAUAUCUCCAAGCUGAUUUUAAUCUACUGAGGGAUAUUGACCCCGCCGUUUUCAGGGACCUAAAUAAACUUGAAGUGUUGAUACUUAACGACAACCUCAUCAGCGCGUUGCCCGUGAACGUGUUUCAACAUGUGCCCAUUACGCAUCUCGACCUGCGCGGAAACCGAAUCAAAACGUUGCCUUAUGAGGGGAUCCUGGAACAGAUCCCGGGCAUUGCGGAGGUUUUGUUGGAAGACAACCCGUGGGACUGUAACUGCGACCUGGUUUCGCUCAAGGAGUGGCUGGAGAACAUACCGCGGAACGCGCUCAUCGGGAGGGUGAUAUGCGAGGCUCCCACCAGGCUGCAGGGCAGCGACCUGAACGAGACAUCAGAGGCGGAUCUGUGCCCCUCACAGAGCGCCGGCGUGGACAGCAGCCUGGUGGCCCCUCCCACCCAAGAGGAGACCUCCAUGGCCCGCGACACGCACCCGACGCCUUACAAGCCCAGCGGAAAUGCCAGCAGGCCCCCGACGCCAGGAGGCCACGGGCCCAACAAGAACCACUCCAAAUCUCGUGAGAACUGGCAGCUGAAAACGAAACCCACUCCAGUGGCGGCAGGUGUGGACAGGGAGCAGCAGCAGCUGCGCAACGUGACGUGCCCCGAGCCGUGCAAGUGCAAGCUGGUGGGCUCCAGGCAGGGGCUGGGGGUCAACUGCGAGGGCAAGAAGAUCGAGAGCCUGUCCAACCUCAAACCCAAACCCCUUGCCGCUCACGAGCUCAACAUGAGAGAAAACAACAUCCACGCGGUGAAGAAAAACCAGCUGCUCGGCUACGCGAGUCUCAACCUGCUCGACCUGGGCGCGAACAACAUCAAGGUGAUCGACAACGGCACGUUUCAAAACCAGAGCGAGCUCAGGUGGCUGUACUUGGAUAAGAACUACCUGGACGCACUGGUGGCGGAGAUGUUCGUGGGCCUCGUGAAUUUGGAAUAUCUCAGUUUGGAAUACAACGACAUCCAGCUCGUAGUGGCGGGCGCGUUUAGCCCCAUGCCGAACCUGAGGGUUCUCUUCCUCAACAACAACUUGCUCAAAUCGUUACCCACGGAUGCUUUCCUUGGGAUUUCUUUAUCUAAGAUCAGCCUGCACAACAACUACUUCCCCUAUCUCCCCGUGGCCGGCGUGCUGGACCAGCUCAACUCGAUCAUCCAGAUCGAUUUGCACGGGAACCCGUGGGAUUGCUCGUGCAAAAUCGUGCCCUUCAAGCAGUGGACGGAGAAGCUGGGGGCCGACGUGAUCGUGAGCGACCUCAAGUGCGAGUCCCCCGAGGAGUUCUGGAAGCGAGACUUCCGCUACGUGCGGAACGACCUGCUGUGCCCCAAGCUCUACGUCUCCCCGACGUCGCUGUCCAAAAACAGCACUUUCGCGCAGGACUCGGGGACGCGCUCGAACUCCUACCUGGAGCCCAACAGGGUCUCCAUCUCGGUGCUCGUGCCCGGCCUGCUGCUGGUGUUCGUCACGUCCGCGUUCACCGUGGUGGGGAUGCUCGUGUUUAUUUUGCGGAACCGAAAGAGGUCGAAGCGGAGGGACGGAAACUCCUCCGCGUCGGAGAUCAAUUCCCUGCAGACUGUGUGCGACUCGUCGUACUGGCACAGCGGGUCUUAUCACGCGGACGGGGGCGCGCACCGGGGCUUCGACUGCAGCACGCAUCUCUCCACGACAAACGAUGCGUAAAAAGGAAAGAGACCCCCCCCCUCCCUUCCCUGGAUUACAAACACACACACAGAGACAGAUACACACACACGAACUUUAUAUUUUAUCCAUUUGAACCAAGUCUGCUGCUGCUGUUGCACAGCCCCCUUGCCCCUUCUCACCCCACUCUGUAAUAUAUGUAUAUGCCAAGCCCGCCCCCCCCCACCCCAAAGGCUACAACCCAUCCCUCCCUUUUUCUCUCUCCCUCCCAGUAGUCGGAUUUUUUUAUUUUGUUUUUGCCGCAAUCGGACCACAGAUCUCUGCAAGACAGAAAAGAGGGGGAGAGAGAGAAUAACAACAUUAAUAUUAGUAAUAAUAAUAAUUCAAAGAAAAAGGGAGCGAGCGCGUGUGUGUGGAUUCAAGGACCGAGGACCCGUCCCCGAGGGAAUGGUGCACGAGCGCAUGAAUGUAAAUGUAAAUACUCGGACCCGAUGUAUCAUAAUCUGCAUGAAGAUAUUUCGCAUGGUUUCAACACACACACACACACACACCUACACACACGUACACACCAACACAUACACACAGCCAGAGAGACGAGCGCGCGACGGAGAGGGGAAACCAUAACCACCACAAACAAGCGCAAAAAGGAGCCAACUCGACCCCUUCUCAUGUUAUAUCAAUAUGACGACUAUAUAUAGAUAUUAAGAGUUAUAUAUGACUAUUACAAAGUGCCAUUUCUCUAUUUUUUUGUGAACCUGCAGUUAGGAUUUGUAUUUGUUGUUUUGAACUUGUUUGGAGAAACAAAAACAAAAAAGGAGGGAUGAAGAGGAGGAAGAGGUGGGUGGGGGGUGAUGGAAGUGAAGCUGUCAGUGCAUGUUCUUUUUUUCUGUUUGUUAUCAUUUUUUUUUUUUUGAUUGUCGAUGAAUAUUUGGGGUUAUUUAUACUUAGGUGGCGCAGAUUUCGAACAAAAAGAGAGAAAAAAAGAAAAAGAAACCCACGUCUGCGCACUCAUCAUCUCCUUUAUGAAUGUAAAACUGUGUUAUUUUAUGGUGUGCCAAUUGUUCAGAUAUUCCGACAUGCAGAUGAGCAUGACCAAUUAACGUCACUCAGAUGCUUAUGCUGCAAAGUUAAUGUAGCUAAAAAUAACAGUGUGUUUUUUUAACCUUAUUUUUUUCUUCUUCUUCUUUUUAUUUAUGUGUCAAUGAAUAUAGCCUGCUUUGGGUGAGAGGAAGAAAACAAAAAAACGAACAAACAAACAAACAAAUAAACAAAAAAACAUCGCAACAAGUUAAGAAGUUCGGGGUGUGGGGGUGGGGGGUUUAUACUGUCAUAUUUUUUCAAAAGCAAAGAAGUGUUUUCAAUUGAGCUAAUGCAAUUCGAUGUAAACAGCAAAGGUAGACUGACAUAGAUAGAAUGCUGUUUUUUAAUGUCAGGAAAAAAAAAUGUAUUCCUCCACAUAAAAGCUUAUGGCUAUGAUUCACUUUCAUCAUAUUGUGAGCUUUUGUAAAGCCAUCUAAUCUUGUCCAAAUAGGAAAAGUCACUGUAUUUAGGACAAAACGUGCUUGAAAGAGGCUGUUUUUUUUUGUUUUUCUUUUUUGUGGCUGGGAGAGAAGUGAGGCAAACUGGAGCAUUUUACAGCAAGAAAGAAAUCAAACAAAGGCACCUACAUACAAACAUAAGGCAGAGGUAACUAGAUAAAGCAAGAUGUCUUUCUUUUGCUUUCAAAUUAUUCACUUUUGAACUUGAGAUACUCUUCUUGAAGGGGCCGCAUGGUUUUUGUGAGCUCAUGACAACAAUGCCAUGACUGAAUACCUGUUUUAUUGCUAUUUUUCUCUUUCCAGAGCUCAGCUACUGUCAUGGGAUAUGCUGCUUAUAACCUAUAUUGCUUUACCUGAAUUUAAAACAAAGAAGAAGAAUGCCCCCCCCCCCCAAAAAAAAACCCCAAAAAACCAAAAAACAACAACAACACAAAAACAACAACAAACAAGCAUUAAAAUGGCUGGGGCUUAUUUGAAAAAAAGAAAGUCAAUUCUUUAACUCUGCAGUAGCUCAAACAGAAGCGAGGAAUAUGCAAUUAGCAUUUUUGUCUUUUGACUCAAUGUUUGUUAUGUAAAACCCCAGCACUGGUUUUCACUUUGCCAAUUGAUUUUCUUUUACAAAACCCACUCCAAUAUGUUUAAUUUCGACACGAGUUCAGGCUAAUUCGGUGAAAACUUACCAUGGCCACGAUGAGAGUGUACAGAGACGAUGUUUAGACGGGCUUACACCCCCCAUACUGCCCCUCACCUUGCCUCUUCUUCUCCCACAAGUAGGCCUACAAUUCAAGCUAGCGCUGUUCAUGGUGCUGAAUCAUUUUUCCUGCUUUUUUUUUUCUUUUGUCUGUCGGCCCCCUUUGUGCGUGCGUGCAGGACCGCGUGUGCACGGUCAUGCAGCCCGCAUGUGUGAAGACAAAUCAGAGAGAGCGCGAGAGAGAGAGAGCAGCUGCGUGACCAUUUGCAUGUAUGUGUAGCCGCCCUUACUUUCCCUCCCCUCUUUACCCCAAACCACAUAACCAUACGCAGCUUGACCUUGGGGACUAACAUCUUAGCAGAUCUGUGACAAACCAGUCACCACCCUCAUCACCAUCAUCCGCCAUUUUCGUCCUUGUCCCCCCUGCCAAACACACCACCACCUCCACCAGCUCCCCUUUCCUCGGCUUUCCUGUCCAAUCACAGGGAGGGGAUAUAUUGGGGGUAACUAUGUGUCUAUUCUGUGGAGUAUUUACUGUGCCACAGUCCACUGAUGAUUUGUCAUAACUUUCAAACGCUGUGUUUCAAAGUUACAUUUAUAUGCUUUGCGAUAUUUGACCUGCUUCUAUUUUGUUAAAUAAAGUGUGGUUGAGGUUGAGUACAAAAAACAAAGUAUUUGGUUUUAGGUUUUUAUUUAUUGGAGCUGGCUUAUUGACAAGGUUGAUUUAUCAUCUGUUGUAGUUUUGCAUAAUUUACAUGCUGCAGGAUUUCCACAUACUUAGCAUGUUGAGGUGCACCAGCUUCUGGGUUUCUUCUUAAUUACUGUAAAAAAAUUGUUAUAAUAAUCAUUGUUCUUAUCAGGGUGAAUUAAGGAUUCUUCCACUCAUGAGUAGGAAUGAAAGCUACUUUUUUUUCUUUGCUAAGCUCUACCUUUCAACCCACAUAAUUAAAACAGUGUGUCUGUAUCAGUGUCAUGGUAUAGGCCAGUUAUGCAAGCAAGCACUGUAAAGUAAGUUAACUCUAAAUGUCAUACACCACAUAAGUUUAAGUAACAGACACCGUUGAUGGGAACAUUGAUAUGACGAAAAAAACCACACAAAAAACAAGCAAAAGAAUCAAUUUUAUAUUUAGGUUUUUGGAAUUAGGCUUUUAAUGUGCUAAACAGUGGGGCAGUGCUCAAAUGUUUGAUACAAAAUAAUCACUUGAAUGUUACAAAAAUGGUUUUGGGAUUAUUUUAGAUGAAAUGGUGUACUUCUUCUCCUUGAAAAACGACAUAACAUCCAUUCCACCUCAGAUUUAUCAUCAGUGUUAUGUAAAAAUGAAUUAUUUUAAAGCCACAAAUUCAAAUAUUUUCCAAAACUGCCCUUAAUUCACCCUAUAUUAUUUACAUUUUAGAAUCCCUAGAGAGACAAUCACACAUUUUCAUGUGCUGUUGAACUUACAGCUCUAAUAUCACACAAUAUCAAACAAAGCAACAAUUUAGGUUCAUGAUUUAUUUUUGGUAGUAAAAGGAAAAUUUGAAGAUGGCUGAUACCCGAAUAAGGUAGACCAAAGCAGUUGUAGUUGUAAGGUUGAGAUUUUGAUUAUAUGUUUUUUUUGCUUUUCAAAUGUUUUUUUUGUUUUACAAUAUGUGAGAAAACAGGCUCUAUGGGGAAGUUUAUGAUACUUCUAUUUGUAAGUAACACAUUUCUUUCUAAGAUUUAUGAUUUUGGAAGAGUAAAUCUAAUAGCAAGAAGUAGCUAAAGCUGACCUAUAAAGAAAUGACGUCACAGUUGCAUGACUUUAACCACUAUGCUCCUGUGUUUGGUGUGCUGACAAUGAAUGUCCUCAACAACUUAUGUAGUCCCAUUUAACAAUGUGUUAGCAAACACUUUCUCUGGAAAAUGUACUAGCUUCAAAAUCUAUGAGUGGGGUAUUAUUUAUGUGUUUUAUGUUGUAGCAAAAGGAAAAAAAACCCAUAAAAACACUUAAA